UAAAGUCCUCCUAAUUCCUUCAGGUGUUUCAGUGAAUUCAGAUGUUUCUCUGCAGAAGAGAAUCAUUGGAGGUCAUGAUUGUGAUGACCAGCAGCGUCUUUAUCAUGUUCGGCUGGUGGGCACCAAGGGUAAAGCAAAGACCCGCAGUGGAGGAUCUCUGAUCCACCCUGAGUGGAUCCUGACUGCAGCUCACUGCUGGAAGUCAGAAACAGGAUGGACUAAUAUAGCAAUAUUUAAAGUUCAUCCACGGAGUGCUAAACAGCAGCACCAGGUGAUCCAGCACAAUACUGUGAUUUAUACUCACCGCGGCCUGAAGCAUGACAUCAUGUUGCUGAAGCUUCGGAGACCAGUAAGAAAUGUCCCGGUUGCUCAGCUACCAAAUUGCAACAAUCCUCUUAAAAUAGGCGAUGAUGUUCAGCUGGCAGGAGAGGGAUCAACAACAACCGGCCCCAAUAAUCAGCGAUUAACCAAAUUUCCUCCUAUUUCACCACAUCUUCAGUGUAUCAACAUGAAGUCAGGUGUUUCAGUGAAUUCAGAUGUUUCUCUGCAGAAGAGAAUCAUUGGAGGUCAUGAUUGUGAUGACCAGCAGCGUCUUUAUCAUGUUCGGCUGGUGGGCACCAAGGGUAAAGCAAAGACCCGCAGUGGAGGAUCUCUGAUCCACCCUGAGUGGAUCCUGACUGCAGCUCACUGCUGGAAGUCAGAAACAGGAUGGACUAAUAUAGCAAUAUUUAAAGUUCAUCCACGGAGUGCUAAACAGCAGCACCAGGUGAUCCAGCACAAUACUGUGAUUUAUACUCACCGCGGCCUGAAGCAUGACAUCAUGUUGCUGAAGCUUCGGAGACCAGUAAGAAAUGUCCCGGUUGCUCAGCUACCAAAUUGCAACAAUCCUCUUAAAAUAGGCGAUGAUGUUCAGCUGGCAGGAGAGGGAUCAACAACAACCGGCCCCAAUAAUCAGCGAUUAACCAAAUUUCCUCCUAUUUCACCACAUCUUCAGUGUAUCAACAUGAAGGUUGUUUAAGUUUCCUACUUCAAGCCGACAAGUGGGCUUGUAUUUCAUACUGCAGCACCAAACAGAGAUGCGUGUUAUGUAAGUUUGUUUCUUCAGUAUUUCUCUACAGUGAUUAGAAGACUUUUCUGUUUUACAACGCAAAUAAAUAUAC